AUAGAGGCUGGGUACUAUUGAUAUAAGUGACACAGUUCCAUGGGGCUGGAUGCAAAAACAUUAAACCUAGGACUUGGCUUGGCUACUAGUAGCCAGCUUUCGUUGCCAUAGAGACUAAUAAAGCAAAGUGCGGCUCUGAAUCAUAGACAGGACGUGAGGGGGGAAAAGUGUGAAGUGAGAAGCUUGUGUUUCUUAUCUCUGUUCUGAGGGACUGUGUUGCUGCCUGUUGGAUUCCAUUUCACUAAAGCCACAGACAAGAUGGGUGUGUGCGUGUGAGGGGGCAGGAUGCUGACGCAGAGGGCCAGACAGAGGCCUCCACCGCUGGAGCGCCUGGAGUCGGUCAUGAGCCAGUUCUCCGACAGCCUAGACCAGUAUGACCUGCCGGACGACGCCGACGAGCUGGACCUCAGCUGCCAUGCUGACCGCUGCGAUGGGAAACAGAUGGAGUCGGGAAGCAUUCCCUUUCGCACCAUAUAUCACUUCCUCCCCUUCAAGUCCAUGGACUGCGCCGUGUUCGUGGAGGAGGUGCCCGUCUCAGUGAGAGUGACUGAUGUGGAACGGUUCACCUGCACAAGGGUGUUAAACCCCAACCUGUACACCAUUGAGCUGAGCCACGGGGAAUUCACCUGGAAGAUCAAGCGACGCUUCAAGCACUUCCAGGCCCUUCACCAGGAGCUGAUCAAGUUCAGGGCCCUGCUCAGGAUCCCCCUGCCAAGUCGCAUACACUCGGUGAAAAGGAGAUCGUUCAAAGGCCACAAGCGCUCGCAGGGAGGACAUAUUCCCACGCUACCCCGGAGGCCCGACGCCCUGGUGAAAGAGGAGCAGCUUGUCAGCAGAAAAAUGCAGCUAGAGGACUACCUGAGGAACAUACUGAAGAGGUCUUUGUAUCGGAAUCAUCCAGCAACACUUGAAUUCCUGGAAGUGAGUCAGAUCUCAUUUAUCCAGGACCUGGGACCAAAGGGAAUCGAAGGCCUGAUCUUGAAGAAGUCCGGGGGAAACACAUUUCCUGUGUGUUACUGGUGUGGCUCCAACAGUGUGUGUUAUCGCUGGUCCAAAAGAUGGCUGGUGGUAAAAGACUCUUUUCUUCUCUACAUGAGGCCCGAGGAUGGCCAAGUGGGGACAGUGAUCCUCUACGAUAAGGGGUUCCACAUCAAAAUCGGGACCCGCGAGACUGGAGUCAGGCACGGGGUAACCCUCGAGAACCUUUGCAGGGCGCUCACCAUCAAGUGCUCCACGUACAGGCAGGCCCGCUGGUGGGGUCACUCCAUUGACGAGUUUGCACAGAGGUACGGGCAGGACUUCCUCAGGGAGAACCGCCACGGCUCCUUCGCCCCUGUCAGAGAGAACACAACGACACAGUGGUUUGUCAAUGCUGCCAGCUACUUCGACGCCAUCGCGGAAGCCCUGGAAAGUGCCAAGGAGGAGAUAUUCAUCACAGCCUGGUGGUUGAGUCCAGAAAUCUUCCUGAAGAGACCCGUGGUCGAUGGGAACACCUGGAGAUUAGACUGCGUCUUGAAACGCAAAGCGGAACAAGGGGUGAACAUCUGCGUUCUUCUCUACAAAGAGGUGGAGGUCAUCCUUGGCCUGAACAGUGAAUACACCAAGAAGACCCUGACUGGCCUUCACUCCAACAUCAGGGUCAUCAGGCACCCGGACCACGUGCCCUCCACGGCCUUGCUAUGGGCCCACCACGAGAAGACGGUGGUGAUCGACCAGUCACUGGCCUUCCUCGGGGGCAUCGACCUGGCCUACGGCCGCUGGGACGACUCCCAGCACCGGCUCACCGAUGUGGGGAGUGUGAGGAGGAGCCCCCAGCCCAGCCCUGGCCUCUCGCCCACCAACCCCCGGCUCUCCACAGGGACUCUUGGGGACGGGGAUGAGGAUCUGAGGUAUUGCCUUAUGGGUUACGCUGCCCCCUGCCCUGACCCACGGAAAGGAGAGGCAGGCGGGGAGCAGGAGGCUGGAGGAGAGGCCGGCGCUGGAGCCGGGCUGGAGGAGCUGUGUCUGAGAGUGCCCACGGGUUGCCUCCAGAGGGUCCCCUCAGAGGAGAGGAGUAGGAGUGGCCCUGAGGGACCAGAGACCAAGCCGCUGAGUGUGAGGGCUGGCGUGAUGUCCAGGCCGGUGCCUCCCAGAGACUGGUACAGCAAGAGCCUGUCUCUCCGCUCCAGCGAGUCCGGCUCACUGGGCCUGGGUCUGCCCCAAUCCCUCCCCCUGCCACACGAGACCAGCUCAAUGAGAAGCUACAUCAGCAAUAACGAGCUGUUUGGGGAGACCAGAUUCUGGCACGGCAAAGAUUACUGCAACUUUAUCCUCAAAGACUGGGUCAAGCUCAACAAGCCAUUUGAUGACUUCAUCGACAGGUACAAAACGCCGCGAAUGCCGUGGCACGAUAUUGGAGUCGCGGUCCAUGGAAAGGCGGCAAGAGACAUUGCUAGGCAUUUCAUCCAGAGAUGGAAUUUCACCAAGUUGGUGAAAAAGCGCUCAGGGGCCACCUGCUACCCGUUUCUGAUGCCCAAGUCCCUGUCCGCCCCCAUGGAGCCUCCCUCACCCAGCGGCCGACACACGCAGGCCAGUGUGCAGGUCCUGAGAUCGGUGUGCCAGUGGUCCAUCGGCACCAAGGUCCACGAGGAGUCCAUUCACCUGGCCUACAUAUCAGCCAUACAGAACAGCAAACACUUCAUCUACAUUGAGAACCAGUUCUUCAUCAGCUGUGCUGAUAAAAACAUCCACAACUGCGUCGGAGACGCGCUCACCGAGAGAAUCCUCAAAGCAUACAGGGAGAAGAGGAGGUUCAGGGUGUACGUGGUGAUGCCGCUGCUGCCGGGCUUCGAGGGAGACAUCUCAUCAGGGGGGGGGCAGGCCAUCAAGGCAAUCAUGUACUUUAAUUACAGGACCAUGUGUCGUGGCGAGCACUCCAUCAUGGAGAGACUCAAACGUGUGAUGUCUGACUGCUGGAUCAACUACAUCUCCUUCUGCGGUCUUCGCACCCACGCUGACUUGGAUGGCAGGCUGGUGACGGAGCUAAUCUAUGUGCACAGCAAGCUCAUGAUCGUGGAUGACUGCACUGUCAUCAUAGGCUCGGCCAACAUCAAUGACCGCAGCAUGCUGGGAAAGCGUGACAGUGAGAUGGCCGUGGUGGUGGAGGACUCGGAGUUCCAGUCCUCUGUCAUGGAUGGAGACGUGUACCAGGCCGGCAAGUUUGCUCUGUCCCUCCGAGAAGAGUGCUUCAGGCUGGUGCUGGGGCUACUGGGGGACUACAGUGUGGACAUCAGUGAUCCGGUCAGCGACCGCUUCUAUAAAGAGAUAUGGAUGGUGACGGCAGCCAAGAAUGCCAGUGUGUAUGACAAGGUGUUCAGGUGCCUGCCCACUGACGCGGUGCUGAACUAUAAGAUCCUGCGGGACUACAUGACCCGGCCCUGCCUUGCCAGCGAAGACCCACUCCAGGCCUGCGAGGAGCUCCGGAAGGUCCGUGGCUUCCUGGUGCAGUUCCCUUUCUACUUCCUGUCCGAGGAGAACCUCUUCCCCUCCAUCAACUCCAAAGAGGGCAUAAUGCCCAUGGAGCUGUGGACAUAGCCUCGCUGGGAAAUGUAGUCUUUGAUGGUUCAGUAAUGUACGUCGCCCACGGCCAAGUUCUCAGACAGAAAGCACGGGGUCUAGCAAGUCUAUUUUCAAAGAAGGAUUUGGAAACACCUUAUGUCUACGUUCAAUGCAAAUAUCCUAUAAACCUGGCUAUGAAACAGACUAAUAAUAUGGCAUUAUAGAAAUUAAACUACCUCUAAUCACAUUCUACUCAAAUGGUCUGCUCUGCAGUGCUGAAGCCUUACACACCCUAAAGACUUUACAACGGACAGCAGUAUAUCCCCCGUUCAUACAGCCAACAUAAGCUACAGAUUCUCCGUUUAUUCUAUAUCUAUAUUUGAAAGCUGUUACAGAAAGAAGCCUUCACCACAUGCUGUGUUUGUGAUACAUCUGUAUCUGUACAAAAAGGUGUUCUGUCAAAAUAAUAAAUAUUUAUUGAUCUGUU